UGUCUUUAUUUGCAGCUUUGCUUCGUUCAGUCUGGUGGAUUUCCAUUGAAAACAAAAUAAAUCCAUUGCUCUCCUGUCAGGCUGGGAACAAGUGUUCUGUGCUGCUCUGUGCAGCCAACAACACAACACUUGGCAUGCUUUGCUUACUUUUGCCAUGGUGUCAGAACUAAUUCACAUAUGUCGCUUGCGAAAACAAAAAUGGCGGCAGCGCCAUGGGUGGACACGUUCAGAAAAAGGGGCGGUAAUAUUAUAAUAAGAACGACUACCUACGUCAGAAAGCGUGCGAAAUCUGAACGGCUCGUUUUCUCACAGGCUUGCAGAGAUAGGCUCACGUAAACAAAGUUACUGGAUUGUCAUUUUUCACAUUUUCUGAGUUGGUUGAUGCACCAGACACCCAAUUAUAGCACUUAAACAUUGAAAAAGUCAGAUUUUCAUGAAAUAUCCCCUAGAUGUAACGUAAAUUCGCCUAAUGAUGUUGUGGAUUUGAUUGUUUUGAUGAGUUUCAGCAUUUUAUGACGCUAGAUACGUUAGACGUUAGGUACGUUAACGUUAGAUAUGUUAGAACCUAAGUCACGAAAAAUAAUAUGGUUAUAAUAAAUGUUGUAAUUUUAUUUAAACAGUAACUAUAUCUGCGACUGUUUAUAUCAUUAAAGAUUCAAUCUGUUUAACGUCGCCAAUAAUUUAUUGCGUCACCUUUGUCAUUUUAUUGAAGCCACAUAGAUGGCGCUAUCUGUACCACCAUGAAAAAAGAAGGCACUGUGUAGGGAAGGCGGAAAAACUUGUUUCAAAUGCCUGUGGCGUUUUCAUAAUUUUAACGUUGAUCAUGAAUGACUAUUUAAUGUUAUUGCUGUUAGACAUACACCAUUAGGUUACAUGAUUGGAUCGGAACAUGUUUGUUCUAGUGUAAGAAACGUAAUUUGAACAUCAGUGUUUUUGAUAAGCACCUCAGUCUUGAACAUGAAACCAAUUGCAGAACUAUAUUUGUCAUUCCAUAGCCCAUAUUAUUGCGUUUUGUUAUUGCCCUUUUUAGAAUUAUCUAUUGCAGGUAAUUUAUUGGAUUUGCAACUGGAUGAGUGAGGUAGUCUUUUGAGAUUAUCUUUUCAUUUCAAUACAGAUGUCAUGCAUUAAGUAAAACACUAGUAUUAAUACACAAAUAUUUGUAGUUUCUUUGCUACAUUGUACCAGUUCUAAUCUCAAAUACUGUGAUUUACUAUGUGGGCUGUUGCAGCAGAAUGCAUGUACUUAUUAUAUCGUCGCUGUAGGGCGGAAACCUCCUAUGUCCAAAUUUUGUAAAUUUCAUAUUUUUUCACAAAUCGAUGCUAUUGGUCAGUCCCCAUGUGGGUCUGUUAUUUUUACAAAUUAUUAACCAAUCUAAAGUGCUGAAAAUAACUUGAGAGCAAAUCUCUUAACUCCAUUGGACAGUUCAACUGUCUGAGAAGUCUCGUAACUCCACCUCUUCACUCCGCGGGAGUCUCUCGGCAUUACGUCUCCUGAUUGAAAGCCGCAACGAAUCCUCAUCGAGCAACACGUCCUCUGAGGUAAAUGUCCUCAAAACACUGGUUAUUCAUGAUUCAGUUAUAUUAAUUAUAUAAUAACAGUUUAUAUAAUAUAUAUAACAGUUUUAUCUCGAUCUUGAAGUAAUGGUAGUGCUAAGGUGUAAUGUAUCGUUUCUGAGGAUGCUAGAUUUUUCUUUCUGCUAGGUCUAGCAUUGGACGCUAACGUUAGCUAUCUUGUUGAUUGAAAUCUUCCAUGGUUUUGUUUCUGAUAAUGAAUUUAAAGAACAAAAUUGCAUGCCGUUGACUUAGUUAGCCACUAUGCAUUGGUUUUGUCGUCAUGUUUGGUGAGAGCGAACGUGAUUUUCGUGGGGCUUAAAGAAAAAAAAAUAUUGACCCCCACUAGUUCUGGCGCCCUGUCUGAGGAUCGGAAAUUAGCGCAAGACAAUCCACUGCAAUGCGGACUAAACCCUGUACAUUGCAGAUAAGAUUGUAGCUUACAAUGUCAAGGCAAGCCAUCAUGUUCAACAAGUAGCUGCCUUUGCCGUCAUGUUCAUUACUUUAAGCAAGCUAACUGGCUUCUUGCCUCGUUAUCAUACGUAACGUAAACAUGCUGUAUAACUUAGGGAAACAAUCAUUUGACCUUUAUUCAUUUUAUUUUUUGCAGCAACCAUGUCUGUGUCCUUAAAGGAACUGUGUCAGAUGGUCAAUGUGCCAUACGAUCAGGCAAGGGCCCUAAUUGAGAGUGAGAACUCUAUGGAGAGAGUGUAGAGAGAGAGGAAGCAACAGUGGUGGAGGAUACAGUGGUGCAUGCUGGUAGAGUGAAUUUCUGAGAGAUAAUAAUGAUUUCACAUGCCAAAAUGGAUGAGUUUCAUGCAGAUGGAUUUCACAACAAUAGACAUUUGUUAAAAAAAUGUUCAUAUUAGUUCAUAAUUAACUAAUAACUUAUAAAUAACGUUAUUAUAAAGUGUUACCCCUUCAACUAUAGCCCUCACUGUUGACAAUUCACGAAGAUCAAAUUCCCUGUUGUUUUGCGAAGGUAUGUUUUUGUCUACCCUAGGAAUAGGUGAGUGGUCUGCCCUUAACUGGCCAAAGGAAGGACACACACAAGCAGACACUGAGGGACAAACACACAGCAACGCACGUCGUUCAGUGGCAGGCCAUGAAUUCAUUCGCAGCUUUUUGCAGGACCUCCCAAAGGUGCCCUCACACUACUGCAGAUCCACAACAUCCAAACAGUAUCUGGAACCUGUGUUUCAGUCGAUGGCUGAUCUGUAUGCAGUGUAUUGUUGCGCUGCAGCAGAGAAGAAUGUAACACCUUUGUCAAGGCAAGUGUUCACAGAUGAGUUCAAGCGUCUCAACCUAGGCCUUUACCACCCAAAAAAGGACCAGUGCAACAUCUGUUGUGCUUUCAAGACCGGCAACUUACCUGAUGAGGAGUGGCAGCACCACCUCCUUCAAAAAGAAGAGGCCCGUGCUGAAAAGUUGUUUGACAAAAGCAAGGCCGGCAACUUACCUGAUGAGGAGUGGCAGCACCACCUCCUUCAAAAAGAAGAGGCCCGCGCUGAAAAGUUGUCCCGACAAAAGCAAGGCCAGCAACAACAUCAUGGUCAUAUGUAUGGACUUACAAGCCCUCCUUUUGUGCCCAAAGCUAAAAGCCUCUGCAUUGUAUUACAAAAAAAAGCUUGCAGUUCAUAAUUUUACCUUGUACAACAUGCUGACACACAGUGCCACAUGUUAUGUCUGGCAUGAAGGUGAGGGAUCCCUGUCUGCCAGUGAGUUUGCGUCAUGCAUUGUCGACUACCUCUCUGCACACACUGAGCCUGACACAUUUAUUCUGUGAAGUGAUGGCUGUGGGUAUCAGAACCGGAAUGCAGUUCUAAGCAAUGCACUUCUUCUGUUCUCCAUAAAGAAAAACAAAGUCGUCAUUCAGAAGUACCUUGAGAAAGGGCAUACUCAGAUGGAAUGUGACUCCGUUCACAGCGUCAUCGAGAGGCGUCUGAGGGACCAGGAUGUGUAUCUCCCAGCGGAGUAUGUUAACCUGAUGAAAAGGGCCCGUGUGAAGCCUCAUCCAUAUGAAGUCAAGUACAUCGACCACACCUUCUUCCAGGACUUCACCAAGCUAAGGCUCUGCAAGUCUCUGCGCCCUGGAGUAAGGCCUGGUGACCCAACUGUCCAUAAUAUCAGAGCCAUCAGGUACAACAACAAUGGAACGAUGGACUUCAAAAUCGACCACUCUGAUGACUGCCAUCCACAUCCGAGUCACCAACUCCGAAACUCCACCUCAGACAGCCACACAGUCACCCCACUCUAUUCAGACCGCCUGAAGAUCAAAGAGCUGAAAUUCAAACACCUCCAAGACCUGAAGGAAGUCAUCCCAAAGGACUUUCACAGCUUUUACGACAAUUUGCUUCACAAGCUUAAUAUAGGAUGCAGUAUUAACACAGUCAAUAUGAAUGUAACAACACACACAGAGCCUCACAGAUACAGACACACAGACAAGGGCUCACCCUACUCACAAACACAAAUACACUCAGUAAUGGGCUUAGUAAAGCAAGCCUUAACUAUGAUUUUAUCUGUGUUAAACUAUGAUAUCAGUUAUUGAUAUUUUUUAAAUAUCUACUUAUUACUAGGCUUAUUAUACAUGUGCAUUGAAGUUUUAAAAUGUAUCUAAUAUAAUACUUGAAUUGAAUUAAAUGUUUUGGAUACCACCAUUAAAUUAUUGUUUUUAUUAUUAUUUUACUGACUAAGUUCAGCUGUUAGGCCUACUUCUAGACUAUGCCUCUCUUGGAACUGUGCAUGUAAAAUACAAAAUAUAGAAGCAAGGUUUUUAUUUUGGGGAGAAAAAAGGGCUGUCUACUGGCUAAGUAAGCCUAUCUUUGGAUAACUGUCUGUUUUUUAGACAAUAACGAGUGAAAAUAGUUACGUAGGUUAGAUACAUUUGAGUAGGCCUGUUUUGUUAAAAAUCGAUAGCUGUAAUGCUUCGGUGCAGAAGGAAGCCCGUGAGCCACGAAGGUAAGUUUGCGAGCAGAUUCGGCGAAUUUCCACCUAUUAGACAGCCUAGUCAGCUCAUCGUUUUUUGUAUCACAUCACUUAUAGUUCUUAAACCUUUAAAAUAGAGUUUAAGAAGAUGUAUGUAACCACAGUCGUUAGCUUUGGUUAACGAUUGAAGCCUUUUCUCUUGUCAAGAGGCUCAACGCGACCGCCGACUUUAUUUGCGUGCAGAUUAAUUUCCACCUAUAUUUGACAGCCUGUUUAACGUUUUAUUUCUGUAUUGCAUCACUCAUAGCUCUAACGUUUAAAAUAGAGUUUAGGAAGAUGUAUGUAACCACAAUCAUUAGCUUUCAUUAGCUCUUAAAGCCUCGUCUCUUGUCAAAAGGCUCAACGCGACCGCCGACUUUGAUGAACACUGCUGGCAGCAGCGACGUCUGUGUCCGUACCAUUCUGAUCAAUGACAGCGUAAUCUCGUAUCUCCCUGCUCCCAAGUCAUAAACCUUGUAUCUCCGAUUAAACAUGGUUUUGGGGAAAUGUUGUGUUAAUGUUGGUACACAACAGUAUAUGAUAGCAAUAUAAGGUAUAAUACAAACUUUAACGAUACAAUGUUUAAUAACUCAAAAAAUUUGCAGUUUUUUUAAUUUCCUGAAAAAUAAUGGUUUUGGAGAUAUGAGGAUUCCGACCGACAGCGAAGAUAUGUUGGGCACUAAACCUUUUUUCCUGUCAUCUGUGUAGAGUUUGCUGAUCAAGGUGAAACUAGGGGAUAGGCCUACCCAAAGAUUUGUUAAAAUAACUGAGCUGAGCCUGGAGGCAAUUUUUCUGCUGGUAAGUAAUGUUGCAUGUGCCGUGAUGAUGUUCAAAGUUAUCAGUAAGUAACUGACCAUUACCUUUCUCACUAAUUUGCAUAUCUUUUUUCAGCCUUUUUAAAGUUUGGAGUCCCAAGAGUACUGGAGAAUGUGAAGGUUCUUGAUGAAUCAUGGACUGGGGUGGAUGAAGAUGUUUUUGAGGAUGUAGUUAAAGAAAAUCAAUUUUAUAUUUCUAUUAUUAAAGUUUAAAAGAGUGUGUGAAAUUAUCUUGAAGAAUUGUCUGAAGUAACUUUUUUGUUUUCGGAACAGUUGGUGGAAUCCAUUCUUCUCCAGAAACCUGGUGGUGACCGAAUGUUAUGACACAAAGUAUUUGGUUAUUUGUGGAGUAUUUAUUUUCUAGAGCUUCUACCGCCCCCUUGAAUUUGGUUCAUGUCUCGGUGUUCGCAUGCAUGUUUUUCUUUUUACUGCUGUCUUACAGAUGUAUGUGUAAACGCGUUCCCGGAUAAUUCGAUGCCAACGAACAUUGGUCAUUUCUCUCUCAUCAUGAUGUCAAAAGAGGAAUGUCAUCACUCAUCAUAGGCCGCAUGCCAGCCAGCCAGCGUGCAUGUGCACCAGCUAGCUAUUCAGAUGUCGUUACCCGUUCGUUGCCAAACUCAUGUGUUUGUCUAAUAUGAUGUGGGACUAUUUGUAAAUUUGUUGAACAUUAGAUACGAUGCUUUGUUUAGCUAAUUUAAUGUUUUGUUUUCAUAGAGAACAUUUGAAACGUUGUGCUUGAUGCACAUGCGUAGCUUUUGUCUUAUGUGACCUAGAGAGAGCUGUUUGUGGAACUUUUGGUGGGGUUCAUUCCCACUUAUGUUUUCUUUCGAAGUUUUAAUUAGCCGAGUAAAUGUUUUAUUCAUCUUUUUAAUUUGUUUUUGUUUAGGGAGUAAGGGAAGUUCAAUUGUCUUUUAGUUUAAUGUUGUCAUUCCAGGUAAUAUUAGUAUAUUAAAAAUGUUUGUUUUGGCCUGGUCUGCCCCUGAAGCUUUACCCUCAAAUGUUAAUUAAAUCUUUCUAUUGUAUUAGAAAUCUCUUUGUUGUUUCUUCCUUAGUGUUACCUACGAGCCAUUUGAAUUAUAUUCUUCAUUUCAUUACCGCUAGAUACCUCUUGUUACUUUGUAUUCUCGUUCAAUUACCUUUUUCUAUAAUUAUUAUAUUGUAUCGCAAUAUUCCUCUCCUUGCUGGGUUUAUUCCAUACUGUUGCGGUCAACGUUAGAGGUUGCCAAAGAGGUCGUAACAGAAAUUGGGGGCUCGUUUAAAAACGAAUGGCCUGCUUUCAGUUUUUUUUCUCACCUUUCCCAUUUUAAAUUUGCCUUCCACACGAAGAUUGACUGAGUGGUUUUCAUUUUUAAGGGGGGAGAGUUAAUUAGCAUUGCGUCAUCUCGUCCAAAUUUGAAUUGGAAAAGUUUUUAUUACAUCUAACAUCACAACAAUUAGAUUUGUGUCGUAGAGAAGAUUUAUUUUUGAUCGCGGAUGUAUACCGUAUAACAGUACCUCGUGGUGCA